GUUUUUUUAUAAAAUUAAAAAUGGCACUCAGUGCAGAAAGAUAUAUCAAGCUGUAAGUGUAAUAGCAAAAGUGAUGAGUACACUAGUGUGUGUAAGCUGUCAAGAGUACGUGUUCCACGAUCCCUACCAAUGUGACUGUGGAGAUAGACUGUGUGGCAAGUGUUACAAUUCCUAUGUUGAGAGAGGCCAGAAGAAGUUCAUUUGUUCAUCUUGUAAUGAAGAGAACAUUGUGGCCAACUGUUUCCGAGACAAGGCAGUGGAGUACGAGCUUCGGAACACCACCCUCAAGUGCCUGAACCAAUCCUGUCCCUGGGAGGGAGAGAGCAGGUUCUAUCAGGAGCAUAAGAAUUCCUGCAAGUUUGGAGCGGUACAAUGUCCCAACUCAAUAUACGGCUGUAAAGAGGAACUGAUUAGGAGUCAAUUACAGGACCACCUCAGCAAUAAAUGCAACUGCAACCCGAUCACUUGUCGAUGGUGUGAACAACACACCCUCAAUGAAGACAUUCACAUUCAGAAGGAGUGUGAGAUGGCACUAGACUACUGUCCCAAUGGAUGUGGGGAAAGGUUACCUAGGAGAGAGAUGCUCAAGCAUACUAAAACAGUGUGCACUCACCAAGUAAGAGAAUGCGACUACAAGGACUUGGGGUGCACCUACAAGGGUACCAUCAAGGACCUAACGAAGUAUGCGAAGGAGUACCCCGCAUAUCACAACCAACUACUGAAAAUGGCCAACAAAGAAAUGAAGCAAUCUCUGGACCACCAAAUUGCCUUAUUAGACAACAAAACAGACGAUUUGAAAUCUGAAAUUAGCAAGAUUAGGUCUGAGGUGCAGUCACGACUGCAACCAGUAACGGAUGCUGUGGUAAAAGCUGAGUCAGCAAUUACCCAACUACAAGAUGGACUCAGUGAAGUAUCUCUGCUAUUGCAAACACUUCAAGCAGCCAGUUACGAUGGAACAUUCAUUUGGAAGAUCCCCGAAGUCACUAGGAGAAGACAAGAAGCUAGAAGUGGGAAAACCGUCUCUCUGUAUUCUGCUCCAUUCUAUACGAGUCGCCAUGGAUACAAGCUCUGUCUAAGGCUCUACUUGAACGGCGAUGGUACUGGAAAGGGCACUCACUUGUCGUUCUUUAUCACCCUAAUGCGAGGAGAGUACGAUGCCCUCCUCCCCUGGCCGUUCAGACAGGCAGUCACUCUGACCCUGGUGGAUCAGAACAAGCAGCGAGACAUUGUCCAGUCGUUCCGUCCUGAACCAACCUCCUCAUCAUUCCAGAGACCACGCAAUGAGAUGAAUGUUGCCUCAGGCUGUCCCACAUUCGCCCUCGUCUCUGUCCUUGACAACGUCUCCUACGUCAAGGAUGAUACCUUGUUCCUCAAAUGCAAGGUUAACACCACUGGACUGACCAAUGAAUGACAAAACUAUCUCGGAGUACGUGCAUGAAGAGAAAUAUUCGACAUAGACAUUGCAAAUGAUAUAGUAUUAUCAUAGCCUCGAAUCCACGCCGAUUAAAAUACGGUAUUUUAAUCGGCGCGAAUUCUAGGCUAUGGAUCAUAUCAUUUGCAAAGUCUCUGUGUUAUAUUAUUCUUCAUGCAUGUACUCUAACCAUAGUUGCACCUCAAGAGUGCCUCGUUGUCUUCAAUCUAUGCUCCUAACGCCAACUAUAAACAUUGUUAUUUUUUAUUUAUUUAUUAUUUAUUUGAACCACAAUUAUUAUUCUCUUCAUAUAGUCCAUUGCUGCAUGUCAUUGAUUGCCACAUAUCAUC